CGACUUAGGGUUGGAAAUUGCUGGGGAAAGUAGAGACAGGAAGGGCCAACUGUGAGAGGGAGGGUGAGGGGUCCACUUGCUGGCUUGCUGUUCCCCCCUACCCCCCCUGGCCGAAUUCGAGACGACUAGGUGAGCGCCGCCUUGCCAGCCUCCACAGCGCCCUCCGGCUCUGCCGCUGCCUCGGACGACGCCAUCCCUUCUCUCUAGGGCCCCACCUGUGCUCCCUUUUGUCCCGCAGCGUCGCACUUCAGGGGGGCGAUGUACGGAGGGCUGCAGGAAGUGGUCUUCCCGCCUGCCGCCUCCUCGGGGUCCUCGGCCGCCUGUUGGGUGUUAUACGCAACCAGGCCGCCCAGCCCCUCCCCUUGGCCAGAUGGAUGCCUCUGUCCCCAAGCCUCGCGCGGAAGCCGCCGGCAAAGACAUAUGGCAUCCAGGAGAAAGAUGUCUUGCCCCUUCUCCAGAUAAUGAGACACUUUGUGAAGCAAGCAUAAAAUCUGUCACAGUGGAUGAAAAUGGGAAAUCAUUUGCAAUCAUCUUAUAUUCAGAUUUUCAAGAAAGGAAAGUACCUCUUAAAAGAAUUCAUGAAGUAAAAUCUGUUAAAGAUUGCUCCAGGAAUUUUAUAUUUGAUGAUGAAGAUUUGGAAAAACCUUAUUUCCCAGACCGAAAAUUUCCAUCAUCUGCCGUUGCUUUUCCAUUAUCUGAAGACGGAGACUCUAUUCCUUAUACUAUUAACAGGUAUUUGAGAGACUACCAAAGGGAAGGAGCCCAGUUUCUCUAUGCACACUUCAUCCAAGGAAAAGGAUGUAUUCUUGGUGAUGACAUGGGACUUGGGAAAACAGUACAGGUUAUUUCAUUUUUGGCUGCAGUUUUGCAUAAAAAGGGAACUCGUGAGGAUAUUGAAAACAACAUGCCAGAGUUUUUACUAAGAAGUAUGAAAAAGGAAACCCCUUCUAUAGCAAAAAAGAUGUUCUUAAUAGUUGCUCCUCUUUCUGUACUCUACAACUGGAGAGAUGAAUUGGACACCUGGGGAUAUUUCAGAGUCACUGUUUUACAUGGUAACAAAAAAGACUAUGAACUGAUUCGUGUAAAGCAGAGGAAAUGUGAAAUUGCUCUAACAACUUAUGAAACACUGCGCUUAUGUCUGGAUGAAUUGAACAGUUUGGAAUGGUCAGCUGUCAUUGUGGAUGAAGCUCAUAGAAUUAAGAAUCCAAAGGCUAGAGUAACAGAAGUUAUGAAAGCUUUAAAAUGUAAUGUCCGCAUUGGCCUCACUGGAACCAUUCUUCAGAACAACAUGAAAGAACUGUGGUGUGUUAUGGACUGGGCUGUGCCAGGACUUUUAGGUAGUAGGAUCUACUUCAAGAAGCAGUUUUCUGACCCAGUAGAACAUGGUCAGAGACACACAGCAACAAAAAGAGAACUAGCUACUGGCCGAAAGGCCAUGCAAAGGCUUGCAAAGAAGAUGUCUGGCUGGUUUCUCCGGCGUACCAAAACUCUAAUCAAGGAUCAGUUGCCUAAGAAGGAAGACCGGAUGGUGUAUUGUUCUCUGACAGAUUUUCAGAAAGCUGUCUAUCAAACAGUAUUAGAAACAAAAGAUGUGACUUUGAUACUUCAGUCUUCUGAGCCUUGUAGCUGUAACAGUGGCCGGAAAAAGAGAAAUUGUUGUUUCAAGACCAAUUCACAUGGCGAAACAGUGAAAACCUUGUAUUUCAGUUACCUUGCAGUCCUUCAAAAGGUAGCUAACCAUGUUGCACUACUGCAGACUGCUAGCACCUCCAAACAACAGGAAACACUUAUCAAAAGGAUAUGUGAUCAGGUAUUUUCCAAAUUCCCAGAUUUUGUGCAGAAAAGCAAAGAUGCAGCCUUUGAAACACUCUCGGACCCAAAAUACAGUGGGAAAAUGAAGGUCCUUCAGCAGCUUUUAAAUCAUUGUAGGAAAAACAAAGAUAAAAUACUUCUUUUCUCCUUUUCCACCAAGUUACUUGAUGUUCUGCAGCAAUACUGUAUGGCAGCUGGCCUUGAUUACCGACGACUUGAUGGAAGUACGAAAUCAGAGGAAAGAAUCAAGAUCGUGAAAGAGUUCAACAGUACACAAGAUGUUAACAUUUGCCUUGUCUCCACAAUGGCUGGUGGACUAGGCCUCAAUUUUGUUGGUGCCAAUGUUGUUGUAUUGUUUGAUCCUACUUGGAAUCCAGCCAAUGAUCUUCAAGCAAUUGACAGAGCAUAUAGGAUUGGGCAAUGCAGGGAUGUGAAAGUGUUUAGGCUGAUAUCUUUGGGAACUGUGGAGGAGAUCAUGUACUUACGACAGGUAUACAAGCAGCAACUUCACUGUGUGGUGGUUGGAAGUGAAAAUGCCAAGCGAUAUUUUGAAGCAGUUCAAGGAUCAAAAGAACAUCGAGGAGAGCUUUUUGGGGUUUAUAAUCUGUUCAAACUAAGGUCCCAAGCGUCUUGUCUUACAAGGGACAUCCUGGAGAGAGAAGGCAAAGUGGAAGCAGGGAUCAUGACAGCCACAACAUGGUUGAAAGAGGAGCCUCCAGUACACAAACAAGAAGCGCCUAGAGACCCUGACUGUCAAGAACACAGAGGUCUGGAGCAGCCUGCAGAGUUGCCGACAGAAGAAGCAUGUAAUCUCUGCAGUGAUUUUAGUGAUGAUGAAUCAGUGGGAAGCUCAAGAAUAAAGACUGCUAAAAAGAAAGCCUCUGACUCAAGCAAAACUUCAGGUCCUCCUGGACAGCUUACAUUACUCCAGUGUGGUUUCUCUAAAUUGUUUGAAACAAAAUGUAAUACAGUUGAGGAAAGUGAUGGAAAUAUUGCCUCUGAUGAUGAAAGUCCUGAUGAACAGCCCAUAUGUCUUUCAACAGAAGCCAAAGACGUUAGUUAUCAGAAAAGUCGUGACUCUUUUGGUACUUCAAAACAUCAGAGGUUAGCUAACGUCCUAAAUCCAAAUGAAAAAUAUAUCUUUGAUAAAAGUCAGAACAUUUUAGAACAAAAUAUUUCUUCUGAGUCUGACGAUGGCAACAAUUUAAAAAAUACAGCUGACCACCAUCACAUUUUACAGAACGUCACAGAAUCAGAAGAUAGUGAUGUCAUCUUUCCCACACAGUAUACAACUCAGAGAUGCCCCAAGAAUGGUGUAAAGUUUAAGCCACUCGUGGAUGGAUCUGAAGGUUCUGAAAGAGAACAUCCUGUUGAAAUAAGAAAUAAUGGGGAUGAUAGAAAGACUGAUGUCAAAGGAAAUAGCCUAAUUUCAAAACAAUUAAACCCUGAGAAUGUGACCCUGAAAUCUAUUAUGAGAAGAAAAGGCAGUAGUGAUAUUAGUGACGAGUCUGAUGACAUUGAAAUUUUCUCUGAGUCAAGAGCAAGAAAGCAAAGACCUACUAGUUCUUUGAGGUUUAAGAGAAAAAAGGAAGAUAAAAAGGAACUUCACACUUGUCCUAAAACCAUGAAGAAAACAAAUCAACUGUAUGCAGCAGAUGGGGAUUGUAGCUCUCAGGCUAUCGAUGAUUUUUCAUCCUCAGAUGAUGAUUUAACUGUUCGCCACAUCAGUUUCUCUAAACAGAGCCAUACACGAAAAACUCUAAAAGAUAGGGUCGGUUUCUCUUCAAAAUUACCUACUCAUAAGAAAAAUAGCACUUUUAUGCCAAAACAAUCAAUGCAAUUUUCAAAUGAGAGAGUUGUCAAUCAAGAGCAAAUGUAUGAAUCAAUGGAUAAAUUUUUAGAUGGCGUUCGGGAAGUGGCUUAUAUUCACUCAAACCAGAAUGUGAUUGGAUCAAGCAAAGCUGAAAAUCACAUGAGCCGAUGGGCAGCACGUGAUGUCUUUGAAUUGAAGCAGUUUUCCCAGCUUCCUGCUAACAUAGCCGUUUGCACUUCUAAGACACAUAAAGAAAAAAUGAAGACAGAUAUAUUGACACUUUCAAAGAAAGACCAACAACUAAGUGAAGGAAACAUUUCAUUUCCCCUUUACAUUUCACACCCUGUAAGCCAAAAGAAGAAAAAAGUCUACCACACAGACCAGACCACCUUUAUAAUUGGAGAAACGCCAAAAGGGAUCCGCAGAAAACAAUUUGAAGAAAUGGCUUCUUAUUUUAACUUGCCUUCUGUAAAGGAAUUUGCUAAAAAUAUAACUAAUGCUACAUCAGAAGAACGACAGAAAAUGCUAAAAGACUUUUAUGCUUCUCAGUAUCCGGAGGUAAAAGAAUUUUUUGUGGAUUUUGCUUCAGAAUGCAUUAAAACUUCCUGUCAGAAAAGAGAGAGAGUCAGGAAUAAAUCUGAAAAAACAGAAUCUCUUAUAAAAGAAGGCCUGUCAGAUUCUGCAACUUUGGCACUUAAAGAUUCUCCCAAAAGAGUUUCUCAAAUUUGCAGCCCAAAAAUAUAUAAAGAAAAAUCCAUUGAGUUUCAAACUCACGGUUCCCAUAGGGAACAGGUACUUUCUAAUGACGGAGAGACUACCAAAUCACGUAUGAGCUCUACCCAAGAGACUGACAAUGGAAAAAACAGCCAAGCAUCCAAAGAUACUGUAGUAUCCUGUUCCCUGAACAGUAAGUCUGAAGCAUAUGAGUUAGAAAAAUUAGAAUAUACUAUGAAAGAGCAACAAAACCCAACAAGAACAGGCAUUUCAAGAAACGGACCCCUUUUCAAAGUGGAAAACAAGAAGGUAGAAAAUCCAGUGUUAGGAAACACUUCUGUGGUAGGCUUACUUGGCGACACAUCUAUUCUUGAUGACCUCUUUAAUAGUUAUGGGAACAGUCCCACACAACUGCCAAAGAAAGUUCUUUCAGGGCCCAUGGAAAAAGCAAAACAGAGACCAAAAGAUUUCUGGGACAUCUUGAAUGAACAGAAUGACGACAGCCUUAGUAAACUCACUGACUUGGCAGUGAUAGAGACUCUAUGUGAAAAAGUGCCCCUUGCCGCAUCCUCCAAAAGGAAAGAGGAGCUGGAAACUUCGCUUUGGAAAUCAAAUGAGAAAUUUUUGUGGAAAAAAUUUAGCUUAAGUGAUACAGAUGAAAACAUAACUAAUGCACAAAACUAAUGCAUAAACACACAGUGAAUUACUGUCACCAUGAACUUCUGCCAUCCAUGUUUACAACACUGUAUUCCACACUAUGUUAUCUUGAACACAGCUGUCAUGCAUUUUUAUUAAACUCUUGCUCUAGGGUUUUUU